UAAAGUCAACGUUAACAGUUUUGUUUGGAUUAAAAUCAACUAGCCAUUUUUUUGACCAUUUAUCAAUAAGUUCAAGAUCACUAGUAAGGGAUUGUGUUACAUUUGUGGCUCCAUUGUCCACAAUGGCAUAUAAGGAAGUAUCAUCAGCAAAAACUAGAUAUCUUAAACAGACGCAGCUGGGAAAGGCAUUACGGUUGGUGUCAUCUGAAUUCAACAAAACUUUGUGUAAGCGAUGCCAAAACAACGUACUCCACAAAAGGAAAUGGUUUACAACAGGUUCAAAGCUGUGUGGUGUAUGGGAACCUGACGGCCUAGAUGAACCUAAGAUAGGAGAGUACAAGAAUAUUGACAUUCAGCUGACGGGAUAUGAUUUUGUGGUGUUAGAAUCUUUCUGUAGAUUUGUGAAGUCAGUCAAAUUCACAAUGGAUCUGGACAUGAAAAUAGUUACAGUUCCUCCCAGGAGUUUGAAUGUAAAGACCUACCAUACACGCUCCACCAAAGUUCAAGAAAUUUUUAAUUUGAAAAGAUAUGAAAGAAAACUUAGAUUUAAAAGUGUUGUAUGCACAAAGUUCCCGAUAUUUCUAGAAGUUUUAAGAAAACACCAACCUGAAGGAGUGGAUAUACAGAUCAUGGAGUUCUCAAAAGAAGUGGAAGACUUUCGUUAUAUUCCAAGUGAUGAAAAAUUGAAUCUUUUAGCACGACUUAAAGCUCUGGAAAAAGAAAAAAUAGAAAGGGAGAAAAGAAAAGACAAAUAGUGAUGGAGUUUUAUGUGAUUAGUGGAAUGUUGUGUGAUAUGUGGAAUAAAUGAUUACUAUUUAAUGUAUUCAUUUGAGAAAAAACAAGAUAAUUCAGAGAAUUUGUGAUUCCUGCUUAUCUUGACUGCACUAAAUCCUAGGGGUUUGGGUUCUUUUUUGGUCGCUUCUGUUACUUUCAUAUCUUACCUAAUUUCAUUUCUGUUAAUUACUUAAAGAAUCUGGUCAAUUUCAAAAAAGAAUUUGAACAUCAAAAUGACUUUAGACCAGGGAUGGGGUAAUUGUAAUCGAGUAAUCAUAAACAAAUGUAAUGAUUACUUUUUUCAAGUAAUCAACAGUAAUCUGUAAUCGAAGAGAUUUUCGAUUACUUGUAAUCAUAAUUUAAUCAAUUACAGCUAAAAUUUUCAAUGUAAUUAUAAUUACUUUUUCGAUUACUUUCGAUUAUUUUAUACAUAAAUGGAUGUUAUUUUGGAGAAUUAUUUCCAGUCAGUCACACAUAAAUAUCAAAUAUAAACCACCUAGUGUAAUGUUUGGAUUACCUAACUUUUAUUAUCAUAAGUUUAAUAAUGUUCUCAAUUAAAUUUGGAUUAUAGACCUACUGGUCUAGUAUUAAAUAAUUCAGAAGUGUAUUUCAACGAUUUAUUAAUAAAAUAUACAGAUUUUU